AGCAAAAGGUUUUUUUUACUCCCGCCUCGUUUGUCGCAUUUCCGUUUCUUGACCUUCUCUUCUUUCGCUGAUUCGCAGUCUCUCCUAACCAAAGAUAUCUAUACAGAGAUAUUCUUCUAUAACACCUUUUUUUUGUCCCUGUUGUUCUCUUUAGAAGAGAAAUUCUAACGUUUGUCCGACUCAAGUUUUCACCAACUCCUCGGUAUUCUAUUUCAUUGACUGCCCCUUUUUUGUUGUUGUUUGCUUGUUUCGGGUUUCUCCAUCCCAUUUAGCAGCAGAUUCGUCUAGUUGUAUUUCUCUGUGCACGUUUUCUCGCAAGACUUUUUUUCUUCCAUUCCACAUCGUUGAUCUCUCAAUAACAGAUACACGCAACCCGUACAGUAGGAAGAAAAGAAAGAAACGAAGGAUCCCUUUUUAGAACACCACUCUUCUUUCCCAACUUUUUUUUUCCAGCUAUUGUUGUUGUUCAAUUUCUUUUUAAGAAAGGAAUUUUUCUCUUCUGUUUUUUUUCUCUGAGAUUACCACGGCACCGAAAAAAUGGGUAUUCCUCUUCCGAAGCCGGUGAUGACGCAGCUCCAGGAGCGCUACGGAAAUGCCAUUUUCCGCUGCGGCUCCAACUGCGUCAACGGGUACCGUGAGACGAUGGAGGACGCACACCUGACCUACAUGACGGACACCUGGGGCUUCUUCGGUGUCUUUGACGGUCACGUCAACGACCAGUGCUCUGAGUACCUGGAAGGGGCAUGGCGCAAAGCCAUCGAGAAGGAGCCGAUUCCGAUGACGGAUGACAGGAUGAAGGAGAUUGCGCUGCGGAUUGAUCAGGAAUGGAUGGACUCCGGCCGCGAGGGCGGCAGCACGGGAACCUUCUUCGUAGCCCAGAAGAACGGCAACACGAUGCACCUGCAGGUGGGCAACGUAGGCGACUCCCGCGUGGUGGCCUGCAUCGACGGCGUCUGCGUCCCCUUGACGGAGGACCACAAGCCGAAUAAUGAGGAGGAGCGCAACCGCAUCGAAAACUGCGGCGGCCGUGUCGAGAACAACCGCGUCGACGGCAGCCUGGCCGUCAGCCGCGCUUUUGGUGACCGCGAGUAUAAGCUCGGCGAUGGCGGCCAGCUGGAGCAGAAGGUCAUCGCGUUAGCGGACGUGCAGCACAAGGACCUCACCUUUAACUCGAACGACUUCGUGCUGCUGUGCUGCGACGGCGUGUUUGAGAGCAACUUCCCGAACGAGGAGGUCGUCGCCUACGUCAAGGAGCAGCUGGAGACGUGCAGCGACCUCGCGGAGGUGGCGGGUCGGGUGUGCGAGGAGGCCAUCGAGCGCGGCAGCCGCGACAACAUCUCCUGCGUUAUUGUGCAGUUCCGCGACGGCAGCGACUUCGCGGCGGAGCCGCACUCCACCGUCGUGCCCGGCCCGUUUAGCGCGCCCCGCAAUAGCGGGUUCCGCAAGGCGUACGAGAUGAUGGCAGACAAGGGCAACACGACGGUCGGGGCGCUGCUAGAGAAGCGCUACGACACCCUCAAAAACGCUGAGGCCCUCACCCCCGAGGAGACGGAGGAACUUGACCAGUUCGAGGCCGGCCCGGACGCGAAGCUCACAGGGGCGGACCGCCAAGAGUGGUUCACGAACUACUUCCACAAGCUGUGCGAGGCGUCAGCCAACGGGAACAGUGAUCAGAUGGAGCGCCUGCAGUCUCUGCAGCAGCAGGCCGGCAUCCCGCUGUCGAUUUUGCUGUCCCUCAUGGGUGAACAGACGCAGUAG